AUGCCCGCAAUCAUUACGGACUCAAGCUCUAAGAAGCGCAAGAGUGGCAAGAAUGCCAGCGCCCCGUCUUCUAAGCGUCGUGCGGUGGCCGAGGACAAGUUCGCUGAAACACUGGCUACUGUUCAAGAGCUAGAGAAUCAAAUUGCGGAGUCGCGGAAGCACUACAACAAUAUUGCGACUUUGAUUUCUAUGCUCAAUGUUGAGAAGUCAGCUGAGAAACCCGAGUUGGCCGUUGCAGUCUCUCUCUGCCGUGUGUUCAGUCGAUUGAUUGCUGGAGGAAAUCUCACAGAAUCAAGCCGGGCUGCUGAGAAUGAGAAGAUUGUUGCAGCAUGGUUGAAGGAGCGUUGCAUGGAUUAUCAGAAUGCGCUUGUGGCCAUAAUGCGCCAGGCUGAUGUCUCUUCUCAGGCAUGUAUCACUGCUCUGACACUAAGUAUGCGCCUGCUCAAAGAACGUAUCGCCCAUAUUCCUGGUUCUGAAAACAAUGCCUGGUCGACCGGAUUCUUCAAGGAUAUUUUCACGGCAGUGAUCGAAGCCCGCGCUGGACAGGACCUGCAGUCCGAGUUCCUCACCAAGUUCGUGAAGGAAUUUGAGGAUGUGAGAUAUUACACUUUCACACAGAUGGCUGACUAUGCUACCACGAAACGAUCCCCGGAAACCCUUGAAACCCUCAUUACGAUUCUUCAAACUUGCGACGUUGUGCCCGGGCCCGAGUACAAGUUCGAAAACUUCUAUGCGAAACGAGACACUAAGAACAAGCGGAUGGUCUCAGUCAACUCUCACAAAAAGCAGGCACAGGAGGCUUGGCUCGCUAUUCUACGAAACAACCUCUCUCAAUCGCAGCGAAAGAACCUGUUGCGCAUGAUGGUGCACAACAUCGAGCCGUGGUUCAGCCGACCUGAACUUCUCAUGGACUUCUUGACAGAUUCCUACAAUGCUGGCGGAGCCACGUCGCUCCUUGCUCUGUCCGGUCUCUUCUAUCUGAUGCAAGAAAAGAACCUGGACUACCCCCAAUUCUUCACAAAGCUCUACUCGCUAUUGGAUGCCGAGCUGCUUCACUCCAAGCAUCGUUCACGAUUCUUCCGACUGUUGAACACCUUCCUCUCCUCAACCCAUCUUCCCGCCACCCUAGUUGCAAGCUUCAUCAAGCGUCUCGCUCGGCUGGCACUGAAUGCCCCUCCCUCCGCCAUCGUUGUCAUCGUUCCUUUCAUGUACAACUUCUUCAAAAGCCACCCCACAACCUCAUUCAUGCUGCACCGAUCAAUCCGCGACAAGGAUCUUCUUGCCGAGGUGGAAAGAGAAGGCAUGGACGAUCCAUUUGACCCAACCGAGUCAGACCCGAACCUGACAAAUGCCAUCGAGAGUAGUCUGUGGGAGAUUGAGACUCUCCAGUCUCACUUCCACCCCAACGUGGCUGCCAUUGCCCGGAUUAUCUCCGAACAAUUCACAAAGCAGGCAUACAGCUUGGAAGAUUUCCUCGAUCACACAUAUCAAGGCAUGGUGGAGGCAGAGCUUGGUGUGGAAGAGAGGAAUCUGAAGAAGAUCCCUGUUGUCGAGUACCAGAUUCCCAAGCGUAUCUUCACAGAUCGCCUAUUAGAGGAAGAUGGUGGGGUGGAUUCUGGUGCAGGUUGUUUCAUGCGUGGACUAUGGGAGUUCUGA